UUAUUGCCCUCCGAAAUCUCUCUCCGGUCGCCUAUAAAAUGGCACACUAAAGAACACACUCCUCUCCUCCCUCUUCUUCAAUCAAUCCAUGGAGAACAUGCUCCACCUAGCACCGUGCCGCGCAUCGGUCCCGGACUGCUUCAUCGUGCCGCCCGAGCAGCUCCCGCCGGCCGCCUCCGUCGCCGCUGUGUCCCUGCCCGUCGUCGACCUAUCUGGCAGCCACGACGAGGUUUGCCGAGCCAUUCUCGACGCUGGCAAGGAGUUCGGCUUCUUCCAGGUGGUGAACCACGGAGUGUCCGAGCAGGUGAUGCGGGACAUGGAGGCGGUGUGCGAUGAGUUCUUCGAGUUGCCGGCGGAAGAUAAGGCGCAUCUGUACUCGGAGGACAGGCAGAAACCCAACCGGCUCUUCUCCGGCACCACCUACGAGACAGGCGGCCAGAAGUAUUGGAUGGACUGUCUCCGCCUUGCCUUCACCUUCCCCGUCGGCGACAGCACGAGCGAAUGGCCUGAAAAUCCUGAAAGGCUUCGGGAGAUUUUCGAGAAGUUUGGCGUUCUGACAAGGGGUGUGGGGAUGGAGUUGCUGCAGCUGCUGUGCGAGGCCAUGGGGCUCCGGCCUGACCACUUCGACGGUGGCCUCAGCAGCGGCGAUGCGAUCCUAAGUGUCAACCACUACCCACAAUGCCCGAACCCAAGCAUGACUCUUGGUCUGCCUCCGCACUGUGAUCGGAACCUCAUCACCCUAGUCCACACUGGUCCCGUACAUGGCCUUGAGGUUCUCUACAAUGGCGACUGGAUCAAGGUCGAGCCCAUGCCCAACGCCUUCGUCGUCAACUUCGGCCUCCAACUCGAGGUUGUGACCAAUGGGAUCUUGAAGAGCGUAGAGCACCGUGUGAUGACCAACUCGAUGCUGGCACGGACGUCGAGGGCGGUGUUCAUACAGCCUAAGGAGGACUGUCUCGUCGGCCCUGCGGACGAGUUCCUUAGCGAGGACAACCCUCCAUCCUACCGCACCGUAACGUUCGGCGACUUCAGGCGCACGCAUAGCAUUGUGAAACUGAAGUCAUCUCUCAAUCUCACAACUAAUCUCAAGAACAUCCAGAUGAAGGAUAUAUGAACAGUAGUGCUCAAUUCUCUCCAUUCUCUUUCGUGGAAUUAAUGGAUAUACUGAGCAGAUGGGCCGGGAUAUGCUGCAAUUUUAGCACACUUCCAAGAGAGCUAAACCGGCAAAAAAAAAAAUAGUAAAUCCAAUCACGGAAAAUAAUGGGCAUGCUCGUGAGGAAAGAAUUCCAUGGAUUGCAAUUUACUUCUGGUGGAACUCAUCCAUCAGUCGAAUA